GGGACCAGGUACUCCAGGCAUUUCGGAAAAUACAAUGCAAACAAACGCGCUGACAGCUGCGCCUGCUCCCCGGGCCUCGCUGGAGCCUGCUCGGGCCCUGGCAUCGGCGCUGCCAACCCCAUCAGGCCGGGGCAUGGUGCCAGGCUGUCCUCUGCAGAGCCAGCGCCUCCCGGACUGCUGAGGUCACUCGCCAGGUCGGUGCCCGUUGGCAGGAAGGCAGCAGCCCUCACCCUCACCUAACCUGCUGCCCCCUCCCUGCCCCAUGCCCUAAGGAGCCCCCAGAGACAGCCAGCGAUCUUCUGCACCUGGUUCUGCAGCUAAGGCAGCCGGGCAAGCAGGUGGGCAGGCAGACGGUCGGGGAGGGGAUAACGGGGGACGGGCGCUCUCACAUCCCCCAGUUCCUGGACCAGCCCCGCAGUCCUGGGCCGACGGAAACCAACAGCUGGAAACCUGCAAGAGAGUGACUUAAGGGGAAACCAAGUGCCUGGACCAUCCAGGGACUCAUCUGGAAAAUGAGUGGGCUGAGCAAGACAGUCUCUUCCAGAUCUAAAAUCCUCACAUCGCUUUGAGAAGAAAGACACACUUUCUUCCACCCCACCCCCACCCCUAUUUGUGUUUUUCCACAACUUCAGCGUUUCUGGACAUUUGGUAUCUCUGGGCUCAGAAGCCAAGGUUCUUUCUUCAUUGGGAGACAUUGUGGCAGCCCGUGUAUAUAUAUGAUGCUUCAGGCAGACCCUCCCAGGAAAGCCCUGGGGAAACCCCAAUCUGCUUAAAACCUUUGGAAGACUGUCCUGCUGGGGACAGUUGUUGGAGGAUUGGACCUGACGUGGACAGAGCCUUGGGAUGACUUAUAGCCCAGCUUCCCCUCGGGACUUGUACCAAAGCAGCUCCACCACCCCGGAGCCUGACCUGGGGACCACCACAGAUGGGGCUGCUUCAGAGAGUGCCACCCUCGGUCCCGAAACUACCAGCUUUAAUGGCACCAAAAUUCCAGAUGUGGCCAGCGGCGGGGCUAACAUGGGCACCAUGCUACUAUCCUUUGGAAUCCUCACUGUGAUUGGCUUGGCUAUGGCUAUGGUUCUGUACAUCAGGAAAAGGAAGAGGCUGGAGAAGCUUCGUCAUCAACUUAUGCCCAUGUACAACUUUGACCCUACGGAGGAGCAAGAUGAGCUGGAACAGGAGUUGCUGGAACAUGGGAGAGAUGCAGCCUCUGCACAGGCCUCUCAGAACAAGAUCCUGUUGACGAACCAGGGCCCGAUGCAGAGACCGAGCCGGCUGGUUUUUACUGAUGUGGCCAAUGCCAUCAACGCUUGACUGGCAUUAUUCCCAGACUGGUGAUGCAGCUCGGGGCAAGUGGGACAAUGCCCCUCACUGGCCAGCAUUAACUCUAGUCAGCUGAUGGGAUCCCGGAGCUGGCUCUGCUGGGAAGGUCUCCCGGUCAUUUCUAUUUCUAGCCCACACAGUGCUGCCUGACGUGAAAUUUAGAAAGCCCUGGAUGGACAUAAAGUUGGCAUCACAACCCAGCAUGGGGAAAGACAGUGUCCCCAUGACAUAGGACAAAAAUGGGGCCUGAGGUGUCUGGCUCCUCUCUGAAGGAGGCAUUAAUUGACUCCACAAUUCACUGGUUCUCUGGACCUCCCCCUCCCUCCUUCACUCCUCUCUUCCCACCCUUCCUUCCUAGGCUUCAAGCAAAUCAGACCAGGCUGAUACCUGGCUUAAACUGAUGGUCAAAGGAGUUGGAAUCUACGAGCACAACAUGCUAAAACUCGGGUCAAGUUCAGUGGUCAGCUUGUGUGUGUGUGUGUGUGUGUGUGUGUGUGUGUGUGUGUGUGUGUGAGAUAGAGAGAUGGGGGUGGGGUGGGGUUGGGGAAAGCUAAUGCCAUCAUACCUACAAAAUUUUUCUGUCCCCACUCUCACCUUGUCCCCAAAUAGUGCAUUUUCUAAUCAAUAAACAAAUAAAGGAGAAGGGGUAAAGGGGGAGGGGAGGGGGUAAAAACAGGAAGGAGAAAGAAAGGGAGACAGAGGGAUGGAGGAGAGACAAAAUGAGGAAUAGUUAGAAGGGAAAAGGAGACAGGGAAGGAAAGGAAGGAGAGAGAUGGAAACAGACAGAAAUGGGAGAGAGAAAAAGAUUUAAGUAGGGAAAGCAAGGGAAGGAGAGUCUGGGCAGGCUCUCAUUACAGUCCUGUCCCCUGUCUAGUAUGUUUGCUACAGUUCUAUUUCUUAUGGAAGAGAUCACUGGUGAGUGAGGGUGAGUGGGUUUGGAAUCGGGGGAGAGAGAAACCAGUGACUCAUAGGAAGGUAUCCUCUCCUCACCCCUCACUAAGGCCUAUUUUCAAGAAGGAAGUAGGGCUCCUCCAGCCACCUCCCCUGUGGAAUACAGAACUGUAUUUUUGGAGGGGAAGACACUUGGAACCCCUAUUUGUACUCCUGAGGAGUCUGAGAGAGGCUGAGAGAUGUAUGGAGCAAUCAAAGGCAUUUGGGACCAUCUACCUCCCAAACCUACGGUCCAACAGAUGGCAGGUGAACACUGCUGAAUUAGCACCUGGACUAGGUUUUGCUUGGAGGAGGGAGGAUUUCUGACCACCCCAGCUAAUCUAGCUGCACCAUCAAUAAAUGUCUGGUGUGUGCACAUGUGUGUGCAUGUGUGUAUGCAUGCUUACAUGCAGGAGCAUAUAUGCCUGAGUGGUUUCGUGUGCAAAUGUAUGAACGCGAGUAUACAUCUGCCUUUUGCUGCUUUUUUUAAUCCCCCAAGUAGAUACUUGGUUCAUCUAAAGUAACUCUCCCCGGUGAUUCUGCUGAUGCUCCCAGCUUCCUGUCUGAUGGGGUUGGGUGAGGGCAAGCAGGUAGUUGCUUCCUGCCACCUGAAUGGGUACAGAAACUGGGCUAGGAGGCACCUGGAGGAGGUGGGGGUGGGUGGGAAGCAGAGGGCAGUUCAGGUCUAAUCUCCAGAGGGCAGUGAAGACAUUGCGAUGAACCUUUCCCUUUCCCCUCUUCAUGGAGCAAGAACACUCUUCAAAAGGCAAACAUGACUUGCAUCAUGUUCUCUGCCCACCUGUCAGUAAAUACUGCCUGGGGGCAGCUAGGUGGUGCAGUAGAUAAAGCACCGGGCCUGGAUUCAGGAGGACCUGAGUUCAAAUCCGACCUCAGACACUUGACACUUACUAGCUGUGUGACCCUGGGCAAGUCACUUAAUCCUCAUUGCCCCACAAAAAAAAUACUGCCCUACCUGUAGCUGCAGACCCUUAAAAUGGGGAGCUUCAUCCCUGAACAGGAUUGGGGUGGGGUGAUGCUGACAGCUUGGAGGAAGGAGGCAAAGGGAGGCCUUUGGGGGGGAAAAGCCCACAAGGCAUCAUGCCUGUUUGUUGGACUGACCGCAUUAUAGCCAGGCCUUCCACCUAGGGCGUAGAUACCCAACUGAAUUCAAGGAACACAUUUUAGAAAAUAUUUAUUAAACAUCUGCUGCCCUAAAGGGCUUUGUGCUAGGCCUUGGAAGCCAUUCACAGUUUAUCCAACACUGGGUCUUUGCCCUUCACAAUGUUCAGGGUCUAGGAUGGGGAAAAGACAUAAACACGGAUAACUACAAUGCACACUAUUUUU